CCUCACGAGAGACGAGAGCUCGCAUCGCAUCGCAGCUGAAGCGCAGCCAUGGCGCCUCCUCAGAUCUCGCGCAAACCCCUCGCCUCUCUCCUCCUCCUCCUCGCCGCCGUGGUCUCCGCGGCGUCCGCCGACGACGUGGUGGCCCUGACGGAGUCCACCUUCGAGAAGGAGGUCGGCCAGGACCGCGGCGCCCUCGUCGAGUUCUACGCGCCAUGGUGUGGCCACUGCAAGAAGCUUGCCCCUGAAUAUGAAAAACUCGGUGCAAGUUUCAAGAAAGCUAAAUCGGUCCUAAUUGCAAAGGUUGACUGUGAUGAGCACAAGAGUUUGUGCAGCAAGUAUGGAGUUUCUGGAUACCCCACGAUCCAAUGGUUCCCCAAAGGUUCAUUGGAGCCCAAGAAGUAUGAAGGUCAACGUACCGCAGAAGCCCUUGCAGAAUAUGUUAACAGUGAAGCAGCCACCAAUGUAAAGAUAGCAGCUGUUCCUUCUAGUGUCGUGGUUCUUACACCAGAGACCUUCGACUCCGUUGUUCUUGAUGAAACCAAAGAUGUCCUUGUAGAGUUCUAUGCCCCAUGGUGUGGUCACUGCAAGCAUCUUGCUCCGAUAUAUGAGAAGGUGGCUUCUGUUUUCAAGCUGGACGAGGGUGUGGUUAUUGCUAACCUUGAUGCUGACAAACACACUGCCUUGGCAGAGAAGUAUGGAGUUUCUGGAUUUCCCACGUUGAAAUUCUUCCCGAAGGGAAACAAAGCUGGUGAAGAUUAUGAUGGUGGUCGUGAUUUGGAUGACUUCGUCAAGUUUAUUAAUGAGAAGUGUGGAACCAGCCGUGAUUCAAAGGGUCAGCUUAGUUCGGAGGCUGGAGUUGUCGAAAGCUUGACUCCUCUUGUGAAGGAGUUCCUUGGUGCUGCAAAUGAUAAGCGGAAAGAAGUCCUCUCCAAAAUGGAAGAGGAUGUUGCAAAGCUCAGUGGUCCUGCUGCCAAGUACGGAAAGAUCUAUGUGAACUCUGCAAAGAAGAUCAUGGAGAAAGGUUCUGAAUAUGCUAAGAAGGAAACAGAGAGGCUUCAACGCAUGUUGGAGAAGUCGAUCAGUCCUUCGAAAGCCGAUGAAUUCGUCAUCAAGAAGAACAUUCUUUUGACCUUCUCCUCUUAAAGAGCGUCCCACGUACCCCACCGAGCAGUUGGGGUAUAGUCAGUAGUGCAAUGCCCACAUCCACGAGAGGAAACCAGAAAGAAACGAGAGAGGAGAUAUCAGUGAGAGAUGGCAAUGGAAGUUCGUUAGUUGGGUUUUCUGUUGAGCAAACAUGUAUCCCACUGCCCGGCAUGAUCUUUUUUUCUUUCUGCUAUUUGCUUUUGUGUUUACAGGGAUUGACAUAGCUACCAACUAGUUUACCCAAAAGAACAGAAGAGGUUUUGUAACCAUCCCGUGAUGAGUGAUGACAUGACACCGUACUGCGUUUGUCAAUUCAAUAAUUUGAUAUUUCAGCUUACAUUAUUUCUGUUUA